AUGUCUUCGUGGUCUGUGAAUGCCCCUGUUCCUGGAGGCACUGGAGGCAAGACACCAAGAAAUCCCACUGAAAAGGAUACUCUGAAAGGCAAAACUGUCUUCAUAACAGGUGCUAGUAGAGGAAUCGGUCUUCAAUGUGCCCUACGAUUCGCUCGUGAUGGUUGUAACGUUGUCAUUGCUGCCAAAUCUGUCACUGUUGACCCUCGUCUUCCUGGCACAAUUUUCACAGCUGCAAAAGAGAUUGAAGAUGCUGGCGGAAAGGCUCUGCCAGUAGUCUGCGACAUCCGUUUUGAAGAUCAAAUCAUUAAUGCGGUUAACAAGGCUGUUGAAACGUUUGGAGGAAUCGACAUAUGCAUCAACAACGCUUCCGCUAUCGCUCCUCAUCUGAUGAUGGAGCUGGAUACAAAGAGAUUUGAUUUGAUUAACCAAAUCAACGCUCGUGGCACAUACCUCGUAACUCGUCACUGUCUACCGCAUCUGAUUGAAUCUGCCAAGAAAGGUCGAAACCCACAUGUUUUGACCAUGGCUCCUCCCAUGCAAUCAUUAACUGGUAACUGGUUGAGUGGAAGAGUCGGAUACGGAAUGGGUAAAUUCGCAAUGUCCAUGCUUACGCUUGGAUCUGCUGAGGAAUUCAAGCAAUAUGGGAUUGCUAGCAACGCUCUCUGGCCAUAUUUGGUCGUUGAUACCGCAGCCGUAACCAAUGUUUUGAUGGGCAAAGGAGCAGCACCCCGUCUCAUGACACCACGACUGAUUGCCGAUGCAGCCUACGUCAUGGUCCUCCAACCAGUUACAUGGACUGGCAACUUUGUUUUGGACGAACCCUUCUUACGUCUUCUAGGGGUCAAAGAUUUUAGGCACUACCAGGUCGAUCCAUCUCUGGAUCCAUCCCAGUUGAUUGGCAUGCCUGAGAAAGCCAAUGCACCAAAUCCAUUUGUUAAUUUUGGAAUGCCUGAGAUUAUGGUUAAAUUGUAA